CCGAGAGGGGAGAGUGGGGAACUCGAAGCGGGCUACCAGAAGGGAAACAAUGGCGGCUGGGCCUGGUGUUUCUAUGCAGAGCGGCAGUCCUGCCAGAGAACUUUCUAUUUCGGUUCAGCAAGGAUCAAGUCAGACUUUCGGAGAACGACUAAAAACAGAAGAUGUGACAGAAACAGAGAAGCAGAGUCGCAUGGCUGCUCUGCUGGAGAGGCUCCAUGCUAAACACAAUGCCUCGCGGCCGUGGGAGGGCACCAUCAAUGUUGUGCGUCAGGCAAUGGAGAAACGUGGUGUGAUGAAUGAAGCAGGCCAUCAGCUCCUGCUCAACUGUUUGGAGACACUGCAGAGAGCUCUGAAAGUCUCAUCUCUCCCCUCCAUGACAGAUCGUCUUGAGUCUAUUGCUCGACAAAACAUGUUGGGCUCUCACCUCAGCCCAACAAAAACAGAGUGCUACAUCACGUCAGAUAUGUUUUAUGUGGAAGUGCAGCUGGACACUGGAGGCCAGCUAGUGGACGUCAAGGUUGCUCAUCAGGGAGAAAACCCUACGAGUUGUUCUGAACUUAUUCAACAUCUAAGUGAGAAGAACUUUGAAGCUUUUUCUAAACAUCUCAAGGGACUGGUUGAUUUAUACCGACUUCCUGGUGACAAUAAACUGAAAACAAAGAUGUACAUUGCACUGCAGUCUCUGGAGCUCGAUCUCACCAAGAUGAUGACCAUGUUUAGGUUGGCAACAAAUGCGAAUACAGUUGAAACUAUUCUCCAUGGGAGUGUUGGCUGGUUGACUCCCAGGAGUGGUGGAAAUCUGGUCUCUCUCCAGUGCUACGUGUCCCCUUAUGACAUAUUUGAGGUGGAAACUGGCUCCCAGCUCAGCUUAACAGAUAACAAUGUUCCAUGUUCCCUGGGUGUCAGUGUCUCUGUGACAAUCGAGGGAACUUCAACUGUGUACAAGCUGCCAAUUGCUCCACUAAUCACCGGAUCCCACCCUGUGGAUAACAAAGGCACACCAUCCUUUUCCACUGUGAGCAACUCCAACAGUGUGGAUCUGCCAGCCUGUUUUUUCCUCAAGAUGAACCGCCCCAUGCCGUUCUCGCUCUCCUUUAUUCAGAAGCUUGGCAAUGCUACUUCUAUCCCAGUGUUUGAGACGCCACCUCCCCUCUCACUUCUGUACCAGCUAAUUGUCCAGAGUCAACUCCAGCUUCUAGAAGAGGGCAGCGCUAUACCAGCCACCUUAAACAACAUGCACUUUUAUUCUAUCUUACCAGACCAGCAUCACUGUUAUUUCCUAAAUGGUGAUGCACCGGUGCAAGAUGGCCACUCAUUACAAGGAGCAAUGGUGUCCAAGAUCCCUUUCCGCCACCCAGCACAGGUUCCUCUCUUGCUGGAUAUCAUUCGCCACCAGGCAGCAUACAACACCUUGAUUGGCAGCUGUGUCAAACGAACAUCUGUCAAAGAAGACAGUGCAGGUCUUCUGCAGUUUGAAGUCUGUCCUCUCACCGACUCAAGUUUCAGCGUCUCUUUCCAGCAUCCAGUCAAUGAAUCUUUAGUCUGCGUUGUGAUGGAGGUGAUUGACUCCAGACAGGUCUCCUGCCAUCUGUAUAAAGGACCAUCAGAUGCUUUGAUCUGCACUGAUGAAUUCAUUACUAAGGUGGUCACAAGAUGCAUGUCCAUUCCUGUUACCAUGCGGGCCAUUCGGAGGAAAGCUGAGACCAUCCAGGCUGACACUCCGGCUCUCUCAUUAAUAGCGCAGACAGUGGAAACCAUGGUGAAGAAUAACCCUCCUCCCUCUGGUAGUCCUCCAUAUAAAAUGGUGGGAGGAGACGGGACUAACCCAAUGGGACUACCUGGGCUUACUGGUAGCAAUACACCUACUGGUGGAGGACCACCCGGAGGACCUAAUUUUGCAGGUCCAAUCACUACUCUCUUUGGAAUGCCCCGUGCAGAAAGGCAAGCUCAAGGAGAGUGCCUUACUCCAGGGGGGGUGACCAGCCAACAGCCCCUGCCGCAACAACAGCAAGUCCAUUCAGAUGACUACAGUAAAGUCACACAGAAUCCCAUCCUGACCAGUUUGUUGCAAAUAACUGGAAAUGUUGGUUCCAGUCCCAGCUCCCAGAAUGCUCCACAGCCGCAUCAAACUCCGCCACCAACCUCAUCCCCUGCCAGCAACACAAAGAGUCACCCUAUGCUGAUGAACCUGUUAAAAGACAAUCCCACACAAGAUUUUGCCGCACUGUAUAGCUCGAGUCCCUUAGAGCGGCAGAACUCUUCAUCUGGCUCUCCACGAACAGACAGCAUGGGUGGUGCCUGUCCCAGUGGGAACACCAAGGGGAAGAAGAAGCGUCCUCGGGGUCCUGAAAAGGGUGGAGUGUUGCCUGGAGUGGGUGCAAGUGGUGGCCUAGGCAUGAAACCGCAACCAGGAUCCUCAAUGCCGCAGCACCUCCAGCACCACUCCGUUUCUCAUGAAGAUGAUUUCCACCGCAAGCUUCUCUCUAUGGAUGUUGAUGCUUCUCAGAAUUCGAUAUUUGACGUGAACCUUGCAGGCGAUAGCCUGGACGCACACCACAGCAUAACACCAACACUUAGCCAGUGUGGAACGCCACCACCCGGCUCCGGCAUGGCUUACUCACAGUCUCAUGUCCAGUCUCAGCAGCAGCAGUCUGGUUCUGUACCGCCUCGCAUUGUCCGCCUUCCCAGUUCUGACAGCAUUGGGCCUGAUAUCACAGAAAUCCUACAGGAGUUACCAGAGCAAACAGGUAAAGGUAGCGGUGGCAGCCAUGGGCAACCGGAGGAUGGAGGUCCUUUGGGCACCCCCAUCCGUGACUCCUCCAGCUCUGGCCAGGGUAGUGCAGUGUUCGACUCAGCGGACAUUUUCAAUACCAACAGCAAUGAAAACCCGUUUACAGAUGCAGCCGACCUGAUUGCAGAGGCGGCUGCAACUGCUGCCACUCCCAAUAGUGACUCCUCCUCCACUAACUUCUUUCCUGAUGCAUCCGACUUCAACCCUGACUUGUUGACCUCAGGACAUGGCUUUUCGCAAACCUACUUUGAUGACAGCUCCCCAAGUGCUGAUGGAGAUAUGGACUUGGUCAAGGGAUUUGGGGGAAGUAGCCAGCAGAACACUCCUUCAGGAACUCCACAGAACCCUCAACAUGGACAGAGUACUCCAGAGCCCUCACUGAAGGACCCAUUUGAUAUGGGGAUAGUCUUUGGAGGUAACAGUGGUGGUGGUAAACCACUUCUGGGGCAAGCUCCUGACUUAAUAGACACACACAGCGGAGGAUCUCAGAGCCCCCUGAUGAUGGGACUUGGUGGUGCAUGUUCGGAUUUUAAAACUACAGAACCAAAAGUCAAACCGGGACUCAUACGGCCAAAGGAUGAGAAUGGGGGAAAUGGAGGUAGUGGUUCUGGGAUGGGAAGCAGCUCAGCAGAGGGAAAACAGAUCAAGCGCAGCAGGACGCCAUCCAGUGAAGGAAAGUCUAAAGAUAAGAACCCCAAACGCAAAAAGCUUGAUCCUGAUGGAAAGUCUCCUUCUCACAGCUCAGGGGGGCGACCCUACACGCCCCCUAGUGGUGGUUCGGGCUCUGGAGGAAGCAUAAGCGGCGGAGGCUCCAAAUCUCCCGGUAGUUCUGGGCGCUCGCAAACUCCCCCAGGAGGUGCCACGCCCCCAAUCCCCAAAAUCACCAUUCAGAUCCCAAAGGGUACCAUAACUGGGGGGAAAACGUCCUCCCAUAGCGGAUACACCUCCAGCAGCUCUGCAACUAGCAGCACAGGAGGUUUAGGGGGGACAAGCAGCAGCAGCAAAAGCCACCAUUCACACUCCUCUUCCUCUGGGAAGAUCAAGUCCAAAGAAGGGUCUAUGACGCAAAGCAGCAGCUCCAAGCCAGGGGGUUCAGGAGGUGGAGGGGGGCAGUCGCAAAUGAAGGGAUCCUCUCAAGGUAUGGGUGUUGGUAAACCAGGAUCAUCCCCAAUCACUAAACACGGUCUGUCUGGGCCUGGGGGUGCUGGAGGUGGAAUGGGAAGUGGCAGUAAAAUUAAGCCUCAGGGAGGUAAACCUCCAGGUUCACUUAUGAAUCCCAACAUAAAGCCGAACAUCUCGCCUUCCCAUUCCCGCUCCAGUAGCUCUGGUGAUAAACUCUCCUCUCCAAUGAAAAUACAGCAAUCCCAAGUUCCAGGAACUCCUCCAUCUUCCAAAGCUAAGUCUCCGAUUGGAUCAGGAAGUGGUAGCUCAGGAGGAUCUAAGUCUUCUUCUGGUGGAAGUUCCCAAAAACCAGGUGGUGGAGGUUCUUCUAGUUCUACAUCUUCCUCCUCUACCUCAUCAUCCGGUUCCAUGAGCUUCUCCGGAUCUCAGUUGCAGUAUGGCAGCGGUGGAAGUGGAGGGGGAGGAGGAGGCAAUGGAAGCGAAGGAAAUGGUGGAGGAAGUGGUGGAGGUGCGGGUCAGAACAAUUCAAAUAACCCCAACGCCAAAGGGAAGUCUCCCAGUAGAAACAAGAAGCCUUCUCUAACAGCAGUCAUAGACAAACUGAAGAGUGUGGGCAGCGGAGGAGUUGGGGAAGACGGCUGUGAGGUGGGGACUCCAGUGGGAGGUCCUGGAUUGACAUCUACUCCUUGUGGGCCCGGAAAUGUUCCCAGCGGUCCUCCGAAUUUAGGUUCUUCUAAGCAUUCCUCAUCCUCUCAAAGCGGAGAUUAUAAGCGGGAAAAGUCUGACAAAGACGGAAAAGCAAAAGUGAUGGUGACAGGUGGUGGCAGUGGAGAUAAAAAAAUGAUGGACCCAAAAACUAGUGGGUCAGGUGGAACCACCCUGGCCAAAAUUAUCAUUAGCAAACCAGAUGGUGGCUCGCCAAGCAUCAAGGCCAAAGUGACUCUUCAGAAACCCGGGGAAGGUUCUGGAGAGUCAAUGCGUCAACAAAUCUCCGGGCUCAAAGCAUCCCCUCUCUUUAGUGGCUCCACUCCGAAGCACGACCGAUCGUCACCAAGCCACAGCCGCUCUCCAGGGUACACCCCUCUAAACCAAGACAGCGAGAGCGAAUCGGGCAGCAGCUCGGUGGCUGAGAAGUCCCACCAGAACAGCCCCAGCUCAGAUGACGACCAAACAGUGAGGCCCCUUCCGCCCCAGGACUACAUGAGCUCCAUCCCCCUUAGCUCGGGCGAGAAACACAAGAAGCACAAGAAAGAGAAGAAGAAACUAAAGGAUAAGGAGCGCGAGAGAGACAGGGACCGGGAAAGGGACAGGGAGAAGGAGAAAAAGAAGUCCUCCAUGUCCAUGGGAUCGUCUUCACAUUCAACAAAAGCAGACAGUUGGUCGCGGUCUCCCAUUUCAGCAUCAGAUUCAUCACUCUCCAUGCUUGGUUCGGACCGUCCAUCACGGUCCAGCCCGAUGUAUAUGAGAAACGAAGAUGAUGACCUUAUGGACUCAGCACUCACAGGAGACUUUUAAAUCUGCUCUUUAAAGCUACAGUAUAAAAUUCUUAUAAAACAUAAUUUUUUAACAUAUUUGUUAAAACUGCCACUAUGUCCUGACAGCAUGGCAUUAGAUAGAUAAUCUAUGGAAAAAAAUCAAGCUCCUCCAUCUCUUCCCUAAGCUACUAGAGCGAUCUGAAAAAAUACAUCUCUCCCAGUCAAAAAUAAGUCAGUCAGCCUUGUGUAUGUGCUGCUCAAUGUGCUAAUGGCAGAGAAAUAACUUACUGUUCCAGGAAUACCGUUUAUCCUCCGUCAUUGGUGGCCCUGCUAACUAGCCUUAGUGUUCAAGACAGGGAGGCUCUGUAGCGCAACAGAGAUUUUGGCGUGUACAGAGGCCUGAUUGAUAGCGCAAAGACUCUCUUUCUGGCUCUGGUUGGUUGUUUCUACUUAGAACUGGGAUCACUGGGAGAAUGCAGGACUUGAUUUUUUUCACAGAUUUUCUCUUUUACAACAAAGUGAUAGUUUUAAUAAAUAUGUAAAAGAAAAACAUAUUUUUAUAAAAGUUAUACGCUGUAGCUUUUUUUAAAAAAAAAGGUUUUCCGUACAAACUUAACUUUUAUUUAUUCAGCUAAAGCCACAAAAACUGAACAUGUCCCGCUAAAGCUGUGUUUACUGUACAAGUAGUAUUGUGUUGUAUCACGAAUCGGAUGCCAGUUUUUACAGCGGUGGACAAUGGAGUGGUAGCUACCUUUAGCUUCACUACAGAAAUGGUUUUAACGGUGUGCUUUUUAAAGAAAUGGACGUUGUUUCAGAACAUUUUGUCUGUGAGAACAUGCCUCGUUGCAUGUUCGUUUGACAUUGUUACCAUGUUGUUUGCUGUCCAAAAAAAGGAAAAGAUCUGAUGUAAAUGUGUUAGAGCAAGAAUAAAAGUUUUUGCUUUUUAAUUUUUAGGUGAAGAUGGUUGUUGUUAGAUUAUUAAUUUUUAACCGUUCUGUGUAUUAGUAUAAGAACAGAAGAAGGUUGCAGAAUAUGAUUGAGAAUUUUUUUAAAGUUGGAAAUAAAUAUUUAAUUUCU